UGAAACAGGUUUUACCAGUAAGGAUCAUUUUUAUAUAAGUUCCCAGCUGUCAUGUGUCUGUAGAAGGAGAGGAUGGAGGGCACGCUGGUGUUUGAGGGGACAGAUAGUGACAUGAGCCUGUCAGAGGAAGGAGAGGAGAGGAUCACUGCUCCCAGAGUGAGCCUGUCAGAGGAAGGAGAGGAGAGGAUCACUGCUCCCAGAGUGAGCCUGUCAGAGGAAGGAGAGGAGAGGAUCACUGCUCCCAGAGUGAGCCUGUCAGAGGAAGGAGAGGAGAGGAUCACUGCUCCCAGAGUGAGCCUGUCAGAGGAAGGAGAGGAGAGGAUCACUGCUCCCAGAGUGAGCCUGUCAGAGGAAGGAGAGCAGAGGAUCACUGCUCCCAGAGUGAGCCUGUCAGAGAUGAAGGACAGUCCUGAGGACAACCCCCGAGACCCGGCUGUGAAGCUGAGGAAACACAGAAUGAACGCACUCAUAGAUCUCCGGAAGCGUAUUUCAGCCACUUACCAAAGCACUGUAAUGAAGAGUUCAGACAGUCUUACACCAAGUGGGGUCCCUCCCAGAGAGUGCACUCCUGAGCCGUAUGAAAGCAUCCAACCAAAGAGACCAGACUCAUUUACACCCAGUGGCGUGUCCCUGAAGAGUGACCAGUCGAAGAGAGAAGGUUUAGACUUCAGAUACGGCGCUCCUGAGAGACCAGACUCAUUUACACCCAGUGGCGUGUCCCUGAAGAGUGACCAGUCGAAGAGAGAAGGUUUAGACUUCAGAUACGGCGCUCCUGAGAGACCAGACUCAUUAACACCCAGUGGCGUGUAUCUGAAGAGUGACCAGUCGAAGAGAGGUUUUGACUUCAGAGAUGGAGCUCCUGAGUUUCAUUCAAGAGAGGAUCUUACAUCAGAUACAGAGAAAGAGACACAUCAGCAGUCUCUGACUUCAAUAUUUAAGAGUUUGGAAGAAAACAUAAGUGCCUUCAUGAAGAAGGAACUGGUACGACUUCAGGUCCUCUCUAACUACCCAGACUGCUUUAACAGUCAAGAUGAAGGUUUGGGCUCUGGAGAUGGACAGCAAGACAAAGGUAUAAAAGAAGCAGCGCUGAAGAUCACGCUACACUUCCUGAAAAACAUGAACCACGAGGAUCUUGCUGACAAUCUGGAACAAAAUGAGCUUUUCAAAAUGUAUCGGGAAAAACUGAAAGGCACCUUAAAGAAGAGGUUUCAACAUGUUCCAGAAACAAGUGCAGGGAAGCGUAAAGAUAGACUUCUUAGUCAAAUCUACACAGAGCUCUACAUUACACAGGAAGGGUGUGCUGAAGUCGGAUCAGAACAUGAGGUGAGACAAGUUGAAAAGACCAACAGAAGACCAGGAAUUCAAGAAAAACAAAUCAAGUGCAAUAGUAUUUUUCAACCCACACCUGGCCAAGAUCAAUCCAUCCGAACUGUGAUUACAAUGGGAGUCGCUGGAAUUGGGAAAACUGUCUCCACACAUAAGUUCAUGCUUGACUGGGCGGAGGGGAAAGCCAACCAGGAUAUCCACUUGAUUUUCCCACUUCCAUUCCGGGAGCUGAAUUUGAUGAAAGGACAGAAGCAUAGUUUGGCCGAGAUUAUAGAUCACAUGAUCAUGCGGACAAAACAAACAGGCAUCCCCAGCUACGACAACCUCAAAGUUCUGUUUGUCCUUGAUGGUCUCGAUGAGUGCAGGCUUGCUCUGGACUUCCAGAGCAACAACAUCUGUUGGGAUGCCACAGAGUCAACCUCUGUGGAAGUGCUGCUUACUAACCUCAUCAAAGGGCAUCUGCUUCCCUCUGCUCUUCUCUGGAUAACCUCCCGGCCAAUAACAGCCAAUCAGAUCCCCUCGGACUAUGUCGACCUGGUAACAGAGGUGAAAGGGUUCAAUGACCCACAGAAGGAUGAGUACUUCAGGAAGAACAUCAGCGACGAGAACCUGGCCAACAGGAUCAUCAUGCACAUGAAGUCGUCAAGGAUCCUCUACAUCAUGUGCCACCUUCCAGUCUUUUGCUGGAUGUCAUCCAACGUUCUGGAGAAAUUGCUGAAACAAGCAAAUGGUGGAGAGAUACCCAAGACGCUGACUCAAAUGUACAUUCACUUCCUUACCUAUCAGAUGAAACAGAGCAACCUGAAGUAUUUUCCAGGUAAGGACGACAAAACAGUCCUUCUCUCCCUGGGGAAACUUGCCUUUCAACAGCUUGAGAGGGGCAACCUGAUCUUCUAUGAGAAAGAUGUGAGGGAGUGUGGCAUCGAUGUCCAUGAAGCCUCAGCGUACUCAGGAGUGUGCACACAGAUCUUCAGAGAGGAGGAUCUGCUGUUCCAAGAGAAGGUCUACUCCUUCGUGCAUCCAAGCGUCCAGGAGAUGCUUGCUGCCCUAUAUGUGUUUCUGACGGUUGAGAGCAGGGUCCGAUUUGAAAAGGGGACAACUGAAACCUUUUUACCACGUCCAGAAACAUUGUUGAAGCAUCUGUCUUUCAAGUACUUGCACAGGCAUGCAGUGGACAAGGCCCUAGAGCGUAAGAAUGGAGACCUGGAUCUGUUCCUUCGCUUCCUCCUUGGUCUCUCGGUGGAGUCCAAUCAGAGUCCUCUAAGAGCCCUGCUGACACAGGAUGCAAGAGGCAGCAAGCACGCCUGUUUCAAGUCGAAACAGUACAUCAAGGACAAGAUACGGUCGACUUUUUCUCCAGACAGGUGCAUCAAUCUGUUCCACUGUCUGAAUGAGCUCAACGACCACUCUCUACUGGAGGAGAUUCAGCAGUUCCUGAGCUCAGGAAGUCUUUCGAAAACCAAGCUUUCUUCUGUACAGUGGUCUGCUCUGGUCUUUGUGUUGCUUACCUCAGAAGAGAAGAUGGAUGUGUUUGACCUCAGGAAGUAUUCCAGCUCUGAGGAGGGUCUUCUUAGGCUACUACCUGUCGUCCAAUCUUCCAGGAAGGCACUUAUGGGUCAUUGCAACCUGACCACUCAAUGCUGUGAGGCUUUGGGUCAGACCCUUCGCUCUCCAUUCAACAACCUGAAAGAACUGGACCUGAGUUACAACAAGAUACAGGAUGAGGGUCUGACUCUGCUCUCUGCUGGACUGGGAAGUCCAAAUUGUAAACUGGAAACACUUUGUCUGAAAGGAUGCUGCAUCACAAAGGAAUGUUGUGAGUCACUGGUUCGAACCCUCAGUGCUCACACUUUCACCCUGAGAAAACUGGACCUGAGUGACAACGAUCUGGAAGAUGAGGGAGUGAUGCUGCUAUCUGCUGGACUGGGAGGUCCUGAUCGUACUCUAGAGGUUCUUGGUCUGAAUCGGUGCAAGAUCACAAAGGACUGUUGUGAGGUGCUGGUAUCAGCAAUCUGCUCCUCUCGCCUGAAAGAGCUGGAUCUCAGCGACAACGAUCUGCAGAAUGCCGGGGUGAACAUCAUCUCAGAUGGACUGGGAAGAAGACACUGUAAACUGGAGACACUCAGGUUGUCCUUCUGUAAAGUAACAGGGGAAGGCUGUGCUUCUCUGGCUACAGCUCUGAGGUCAGGUUUCUCACACCUGAGAGACCUGGACCUCAGUUACAAUCACCCAGGAGACGCAGGGUUGAACCUGCUUCUUGAUGUACGGAACGACCCCCAGUAUAAACUAGAAAAACUCAGAGUGGAGCAUGGUGGGGUUGAAAGAUUACGAUCAGAUAUAAGCAAGUAUGCCUGCCAGCUCACCCUGGACCCAAACACAGCACACAGAAAGCUCUCUCUGUCCAAGAGCGACAAGAAAGUGACCAGGCUGAAAGAGGAGCAGCCGUACCCCGACCACCUGGAGAGAUUCCAUCACAUGGACCAGGUGCUGUGCAGAGAGGGUCUGUCCGGACGCUGCUACUGGGAGGCAGCAUGGACCGGUAAGUGGGUGGGUGUCGGAGUGGCAUACAAAGGUAUCUCCAGGAAAGGGCGGGAUGACAGCUUGCUCGGUUGCAACAACAUGUCCUGGGGGCUGACUUGCUAUGACGACGGCUGCAUCGCCAUGGGCAACAACGUCAUUACAUUUGUUCCACUCCCAUCCUCAACAUCCCCAAAGAAAGACUUGAUGAUGGGAGCCUUGGCUUCUCCUGCCAGCUCCCCACCCACCUCCUCCUCCAGCAUCCAAACAAAAGACUUGUCGUCGAGCACUCUGUCCCGUCUGACUGGCACCCUCUGCUCCUCCCAUUCCAUCUCCCAGAGAAUAGGAGUGUGUCUGGACUGGUGGGCGGGGACUCUGUCCUUCUACAGCAUAUGUUCAGGCACACGGACCCACCUGCACACAUUCAACACCACCUUUACCGAGCCUGUCUACCCAGGGUUCAGGGUACCAGAACAUUCAUCUGUGUCCCUAGGUGAAGGUCAAAAACAACACCAUUUAGUCCAGUGAGUCCUAGUGAGACCUAAGUCAAACAUUACAAUUCCACUCAGUCAGCCUUAGACCUGUUUUAUAUGUAUUAUAUACCAAUGUAUUCUAUUAUUGUGAAUCUUUGAUUCAAGUAGUUCUGAGAUACUAAUGAGAUAGAUGAUGUUGCUGUCGAACUGAUCGGACCUUCACAAUAACGGUAAUAUUGUAGUGGAGAUUGUUAUUGUUCCAGUGUGGGGUAAAAAUACAGAAUGUUCAUGGGCACUAAUCACUGAAGUACUGCUGGAAGUGUCAACAACUGGUCCUUGAUUAUAGUUUCUUCUGCUGUAUUUACUAUAUGCACUGUUUGUAUCACUUUGGAUAAAAACAUCCGGUAAGUGAG